AGCGGUUGGACUGGGCUGGUCUGAGCUGGGUGACGGCGUGGGCAGCGGAGCCUGCUGUGCGAACCAGCCGCUGAUCUCUGAGCGCCCGGCUUGCGGCUCCCCGCCUGAGCAGCAGCCUGAUUUGAAGAAAUCAGGGGAAAGAUGGAGCGGCACCGGCCACGGCUGCACCACCCUGCGCAAGGCUCCUCCGCCGGGGCCUCCUACUCCUCCUCCGCCUCGAUCCGCAGCUGCCGGGAAAACAAGAUGUCCCGGAAGAAGGGCCUCCAGCAGCCUGCGCUGCCAGGCGGUUCCGAGGAGCCUGGGGAGAAACGCCCCAAGUUCCAUUUAAAUAUUAGGACACUGACAGACGAUAUGUUGGACAAAUUUGCCAGCAUAAGAAUUCCAGGGAGCAAGAAAGAGAGACCUCCACUUUCCAAUCUGAAAACUGCAUUUUCAAGCAAUGACUGUUCAUCAGCAUCUUUGGAGAUGACAGAAAACCUUCCAAAGCCACUGUCAGAGAAAGAAGUCUUAGAAUAUUUUGAAAAGAUGAUGGAAGAUAUGAAUUUAAAUGAAGAUAAAAAGGCACCAUUGCGGGAAAAGGACUUCAGUAUCAAAAAAGAAAUGGUGAUGCAGUACAUUAAUACUGCUUCUAAGACAGGAAGUCUUAAGAGUAACCGACAGAUCUCACCUCAGGAAUUUAUCUAUGAACUGAAAAUGGGGUGUGCAGAUGAGAGACUUGUCACAUGCCUGGAGUCCCUUCGUGUUUCUUUGACCAGUAAUCCUGUGAGUUGGGUGGAAAGCUUUGGACAUGAGGGGCUCGGAUUAUUACUAGACAUUCUGGAAAAAUUGAUCAGUGGAAAAAUCCAAGAAAAAGUUGUUAAGAAGAAUCAACACAAAGUUAUACAAUGUCUAAAGGCCUUGAUGAAUACACAGUAUGGUUUGGAAAGGAUUAUGAGUGAAGAGAGAAGUCUUUCCUUAUUGGCCAAAGCUAUGGACCCCAAGCACCCCAAUAUGAUGACUGAUGUGGUUAAACUCCUUUCUGCAGUUUGCAUUGUAGGGGAGGAAAGUAUCCUUGAAGAAGUUUUAGAAGCUUUAACUUCAGCUGGAGAAGAAAGAAAGAUUGACAGAUUUUCCUCUAUUGUGGAAGGCCUUGGGCACAAUUCAGUUCAGCUGCAAGUUGCUUGUAUGCAGCUCAUCAAUGCCCUUGUUACAUCUCCUGAUGAUUUGGACUUCAGGCUUCACAUCAGAAAUGAAUUUAUGCGUUGUGGAUUGAAAGAGAUACUGCCAAAUUUAAAAUGUAUUAAGAAUGAUGGCCUGGAUAUCCAACUUAAAGUCUUUGAUGAGCAUAAGGAAGAAGAUUUGAUUGAGUUCUCUCAUCGUUUUGAAGAUAUUAGAGCUGAAUUUGAUGAAGCAUAUGAUCUUUACAACAUGGUGUGGAAUACAGUUAAGGAAACUAGAGCAGAGGGAUAUUUUAUUUCUAUCCUUCAGCAUCUUUUGCUGAUUCGAAAUGAUUAUUUUAUAAGGCAGCAAUACUUCAAAUUAAUUGAUGAGUGUAUAUCCCAGAUUGUACUACAUAAAGAUGGAAUGGAUCCAGACUUUACAUAUCGAAAAAGACUAGAUUUAGAUUUAAGUCAGUUUGUAGAUGUUUGCAUAGAUCAAGUGAAACUUGAAGAGUUUGAAGAGAAAGCUUCAGAACUUAACAAGAAAUUUGAAAAAGAGUUUACUGACCACCAAGAAACUCAGGCUCAAUUGCAGAAAAAAGAGGCAAAGAUAAAUGAGCUUCAAGCAGAAUUACAAGCUUUUAAAUCACAGUUUGGUGCUUUGCCAGCUGGUACGAAUAUUCCUUUGUUCCCAUCAAAAGAAGAUGGAACUGGACAGCCAGCACCUCCUCCCCUCCUGCCUGCUGGUGGAGGGUUGCCACCUCCCCCCCCUCCUCCACCACCUCCUCCACUUCCAGUACCAUUUGGUGGUUCUAUUCCUCCUCCACCCCCGCUUGGAUUUCUUGGUGGAGGAAACGCUCCUGUACCAACCCUGCCAUUUGGGUUGAAACCAAAGAAAGAAUUUAAACCUGAAAUCAGCAUGAGAAGAUUGAAUUGGUUAAAGAUCAGACCUCAUGAAAUGACUGAAAAUUGUUUCUGGGUAAAAGUAAAUGAAAAUAAAUAUGAAAAUGUGGAUUUACUUUGUAAACUUGAGAAUACAUUUUGUUGCCAACAAAAAGAGAGAAGAGAAGAGGAAGAUUUUGAAGAGAGGAAAGCUAUUAAGAAAAAAAUUAAAGAACUUAAAUUUCUAGAUCCUAAAAUUGCCCAGAACCUUUCAAUCUUCCUGAGCUCAUUUCGUGUGCCAUAUGAGGAAAUCAAAAUGAUGAUAUUGGAAGUGGAUGAAACCCAGUUGGCGGAGACUAUGAUUCAGAACUUAAUAAAGCAUCUCCCUGAUCAAGAGCAAUUAAAUUCAUUGUCUCAGUUCAAGAAUGACUAUAACAACCUAUGUGAGCCUGAACAGUUUGCUGUCGUGAUGAGCAAUGUGAAGAGACUACGGCCACGGCUCAGUGCUAUUCUCUUUAAGCUUCAGUUUGAAGAGCAGGUGAACAACAUCAAACCUGACAUCAUGGCUGUCAGCACUGCCUGCGAAGAGAUAAAGAAGAGCAAAAGCUUUAGCAAGUUGCUGGAACUUGUAUUGCUAAUGGGAAACUACAUGAAUGCUGGCUCCCGGAAUGCUCAAACCUUCGGAUUUAACCUUAGCUCUCUCUGUAAACUAAAGGACACAAAAUCAGCAGAUCAGAAAACAACUCUACUUCAUUUUCUGGUAGAAAUAUGUGAAGAAAAGUACCCUGAUAUACUGAGUUUUGUGGAUGAUUUGCAACAUUUAGAAAAAGCUAGUAAAGUCUCCGUAGAAAUGCUGGAAAAGAAUUUGAAGCAGAUGGGAAGGCAGCUUCAACAGCUUGAGAAAGAUUUGGAAACCUUUCCCCCUCCUGAGGACUUAUGUGACAAGUUUGUGACAAAGAUGUCCAGCUUUGUUACCAAUGCAAAAGAACAAUAUGAGAAACUUUCAAAGUUACAUGAAAACAUGGAAAAGUUAUACCAAAGUAUAAUGGGAUACUAUGCCAUUGAUGUGAAGAAGGUGUCCGUGGAAGACCUUUUUACUGACUUGAAUAACUUCAGAACCACAUUCAUGCAAGCAAUAAAGGAUAACAUCAAAAAAAGAGAAGCAGAGGAAAAAGAAAAACGUGCCAGAAUCGCUAAAGAAUUAGCAGAGAAAGAACGGUUUGAACGCCAGCAAAAGAAAAAGCGUUUAUUAGAAAUGAAGACUGAGGGUGAUGAGACAGGAGUGAUGGAUAGUCUGCUGGAGGCUUUGCAGUCAGGAGCUGCCUUCCGCGACAGAAGAAAAAGGACACCGAAGCCGAAAGAUAUUCGUCAAAGUCUCAGUCCAAUGUCCCAGAGGCCUGUUCUGAAAGUUUGUAACCAUGAAAAUCAGAAAGUGUCGUUGACAGAAGGGUCACGUUCGCACUACAAUAUCCAUUGCGACUCGACAAGAACUCCAGUCACCAAGGAGCUUAAUUAUAAUCUAGACACUCAUACGUCUACAGGGAGGAUCAAGGCAGUUGAGAAGAAGGAAGCCUGUAAUGUUGAAAGCCACAGUAAAAAGGAAAUGGAACUUCUUGGCUCUGUUUCUAAAAACGAAUCAGUCCCCGAAGUUGAAGCCCUGCUGGCAAGAUUACGAGCUUUAUAAAUUCAACUGGUAAAAAAUGAUUAAGCCAAAUAUAAAGCCAUGCUUUAAGCUAUAACACUUGAAAAAAAAGUACUUUUAUAUAAGUGACUUUAUAUACUUUAAAUUAUGAUAUAUAUUAGAAAAAUAAAGCUAAAUACAUGAGUGCAAUGCUUUUUCUAUGUACUCCAGGUUUUGGCUUAUUCAUGACUGUAAUGGGCUUUAAUGCUUUUUUUGUCUCCUGGUAUUCAUCUGUUCUAUAUUUGGUGGUUAAAUUAUACAUAUUGCUUUAGAGAGCAGGUAGGUGGCUGUGUGCUCGGCAACGUGUCCUUAAGAAAAUACCAUCUUUCUAAGUCACUGUAAUUUUUACUUUACUAUUUUCAACAUAAUGCAUGUCAAGUCAUCAACUUUAAGUCUUGCUACAUUUCCAUGUAUAUUCCAUGUACAUUAUUUAUGCAGACCCAGGUUACUUCUUAAUGGGAUCUACAUGCUACCAGCAUAACAUCAAAAACAUACAACUGAAUAUAUCAGAGCUAUAAUGAAAUGACUAAUAACCUCGUUAUCAUCAUUGUUGAAUACAUUUUAAUGAGACCCUGUAGGGGAUUUUGAGGCAAUGGAGCACAUUUCCCAAAAUCAUACAAUAAGAAUGUACGUACUGUCUUUGCACAAUGUGUAUGUUUUGUACGAAGGGCAUAUGAAAUGUCCGCUCGGGCAGAGUGCUACCAAGACUCUUGAUCUUAGCCAAGAGACGCUGUUCCCCUGGUAAUUAUGACUCGGAUAAAAUUGCCAUUUUGAAACUUCUCAACAAAUUUUUUGAUUUCUGUGAAUUAGCUUGAAAUUAAAAUUUCUUUGAUGUGACAAUCAAUAACUAACAGGGAUCUGAAUAAGUGUUUCAAAGAAAGUUUUCCUAUUCGAAUGUUACCAUUUUACCUCACUUCAGCAUCAUUCCUCUGUUAAUUCCUCGUCAAAGAA